AAAUAAAUACAUUAAUAAAUUUACUAUAUAAGUUAGGUAUAUAGUUAAUAAUGCAUUUUUAAUAGUCAAUAGUUAUUAGUUAUUAAUUUGUUAUAAAUAUUAAAUUUCAAUAUUUAUUGUUAAAUUUUAUUAUUUGUAUAGUACUUAAAUAAUUUUUUCUUAAAUAGUUUUUAAUAAAUAUAUUUUUCCAUGUAAGCUUAGAAAAUGUAUACUUGUGUUCUUUUUUAGUUUUAAUGUAAUGUAGUGUAUUAAGUUACUGAAUUUUAGUUCCCUUUACUCAUAAUUUCAAUUUAACAUGGCUACUUGUCUAUUGUUUUUAUUUUUUGGUAUGUAUUUUUUAAAUUUUGCAUUCACUCAAGAUCCUUCUGGUUACAUAGCCUACUGCCCAUGCAUGGGUCGUUUUGGAAAUCAAGCUGAUCACUUCCUGGGUGCCAUUGGAUUUGCUAAAGCUUUAAAUCGCACUCUCUUAUUACCUCAUUGGAUUGAAUACCGUUAUGGCCAGCAGAAGUCUGUACAAAUUUCAUUUGAUACAUACUUCAAAGUAGAUCCACUUUUAGAAUAUCACAGAGUUCAAUUAAUGAAUGACUUUAUGACUAAAUAUUCAAAUGAUGUAUGGCCUCCAGCAAGUCGAACAUCAUUUUGUUAUAUGCAAAGAGGCGAAUUAGAAGGAUGUAAUGCCAAAGCAGGGAACCCUUUUGAAUCAUUUUGGGAUACAUAUGGCAUUGAUUUUUCAUCUUCUGAAUUUUAUGCCCCUUUAAACUAUGAUGUAUACCAUCACGAUAUGACAUCCAAAUGGCACGAGAAGUAUCCAUCAUCUGAAUGGCCAGUGUUGGCAUUUGUUGGUGCUCCAGCUAGUUUUCCAAUACAAAAAGAAAAUGUAAAGAUUCAUAAGUACUUAAAAUGGAACGAUGGAAUUGAUAACUUGGUAAACUCUUUUAUAAAUAAUAGAAUAAAGCCUGGAAAAUUUAUCGGUAUUCACUUGCGUAAUGGUAUUGAUUGGGUCAGGGCUUGUGAACAUAUCUCUAAGAACUCUUUAUUGUUCUCAGCUCCACAAUGCUUAGGCUAUAGAAAUGAAUAUGGAAAAGCUACAGAGGAAUUAUGCUACCCAACUUUUGAAACAGUUGUGAAACAACUUAAAAGACUUAUUCGAAAAUAUGGCAAAGACAUAAGUACAGUUUUUGUAGCUUCUGAUAAUAACCAUCUAAUUCCUGAACUAUCACAUGCAUUAUCAAGUUUUAAUUUGAAGACUGUAAAAUAUGAUAAAGAUAAUCCACAUGUAGAUCUUGCAAUACUAGGCAAGGCAAAUUAUUUUAUUGGCAAUUGUAUAUCUUCAUUCAGUGCUUUUGUUAAACGCGAGAGAGAUUCAAAUGGUUUACCUAGUGAAUUUUGGGCAUUUCCUGUUUAUCAAAAAAAUAAUCAAAAGGAUGAAUUGUGAGUAAAAAGGACUUAUUUAUAAAAUAACUUAUGAUUUUAAAACAUUCUUAAAAAAUAUAUUUUUGUAUUUUAUGAAGUAUGAAAUAAUAAGAGAUUUUAUUGUUUACGCUAUUUUAAAUAAUUAGAAUCUAGAAUAAUGCAUACUAUUAUAAAAUCUAAAAUGUUUUUUAUAAAUUAUUCAUAACUUGGUUUGUUAUAACAGUUAAUAGUUAGAAAUUAUGUAUACCAGUAAUAAGCUAAUGAAAUAUGUUAUUCAUUCAUCUUUGAAUACAUUAUACAACUUCUUAUGCCUACUCAUAUUUGUCUUGCUUAUAGAAUUUGUAUUAUUAUUACUAUAUUAUGUAUAUA